UGUCACUCAUUGUGCCACGAACACGGGUAGCGACAAGGACCAAAAUUCCGUCCGGCAGCAGUUGUUGUCACUGGAAAGGCUGAUAUCUUGUUUCCCCCCCUCAGUAGAGACACCUCGCUUGUUUAAAGUACGGCUGCACAUCAAGGAGAAUAUCUGUGACACAUUACAAUGUUUCAAGUAAGGGACAUCAUCUGGGGAUUGCUAUUCAUUGGCUGUGCAGCCACCAUCCAGGUGCAAAUCACUCCAACACAAGGAGAGAUCAGUGUGGGAGACUCCAAGUUUUUUCUUUGCGAAGUGUUGGGAGAUGCUAAAGACAUAGACUGGUACGCCCCCAGUGGGGAGAAGAUCCUUCCCAACAGGCAAGACAUUUUUGUGAGCCGCACCGAUGACACCAUAUCGACCCUCACUAUAUACCACGCAAACGUGGACAGUGCCGGUAUCUACAAGUGUGUGGCAAAGAACGGGGACAAGGAGGCCCAGGCCACAGUCCAAGUGAAGAUCUUCCAAAAGAUCACCUUCCAGAGUGCCCCCAGCCCGCAGGAGUUCAAUGAAGGUGAUGAUGCUGAUAUAGUCUGCGAUGUGGUCAGUUCACCACCACCCACCAUCAUUUGGAAACAUAAGGGCUCCAAGAUCCAGGUUUCUAAAGAUGUGCGAUUCAAGAUCAUGGAUAAUGGCCACCUGCAGAUCCGCAGUAUGAAGAAGACCGAUGAGGGCAUGUACAACUGUGAGGCUCGUGUCAUGGCCAGGGGAGAAAUUGACUUCAGGAUGAUCAAGGUUAUUGUUAAUGUGCUUCCCACCAUCCGUGCCAGGCAGUCAGAUGUCAACGCUACAGCAGACAUCCGUAGCUCUGCUUUAUUGGCCUGUGAUGCAGACGGCUUUCCUGAGCCCACUGUCACCUGGGCGCAUAACAACAUCGUCCUUGAAACGGGUGAUAAGUACAGCCUGAACGAGGAUGGUUCAGAAUUGAUAAUAAAAGAUGUCAAGAAAGUGGAUGAAGGAGAUUACACUUGCAUUGCCAAGAACAAGGCAGGAGAGAAAGCUGAGGAAGUCAGCCUGAACGUGUUUGUGCAACCCAAGAUUACCUACCUGAAUAACCAGACUGCCUCAGAGUUUGAUGAGCAAGUCACCCUCACCUGUGAGGCCUCAGGCGAUCCCACACCCACCAUCUCUUGGAGUUUUGAAAAAAGGGUAUUCACUGAAGGAGAGCAGAGCCUUGAUAGAAAUAUUGUGGUACGCAGCCAUGCACGGGUGUCCUCUCUCACACUGAAAAACGUCCAGUUCACGUAUGCCGGCCAGUAUCUCUGCACCGCCAGCAACUCCAUCGGUCAGGACAAGCAGCACAUGCACCUGGAAGUUCGCUAUGCUCCAAAAAUCCUGGGUCAAGUGACAGUGUACACAUGGGAGGGAAACCCGGCCAACAUCAGCUGUGAGGUGGAGGCUCACCCCAGAGCCUCAGUGGUUUGGUUCAGAGAUGGCCUCCAGCUGCCCUCUGCCAACACUACCAACAUGAAGAUCUACAACACACUAGCCAUCAGCUACCUGGAGAUUACACCCGAUUCUCAGAAUGACUUUGGGAGCUACAACUGCACAGCGACCAAUGUAAUGGGCACUGAGUCCAAGGAGUUUCUUCUCAUCCAAGCAGAGGUGCCAUCAGUGCCAGAAAUUCAACAAGUAGAACCUUUCUCCAGCACAGCAGAGUUAGAGUUUGAGGAGCCUGACUCCAUUGGUGGAGUGCCCAUUAUCAAAUACAGAGUGGAAUGGCGUUUGCCAGGCCAGGAUUGGAUCAGCAGGGAGUACGAUGCUAAGGACGACCUGACCAAGAUCAUCAUUGCUGGCCUGAAGCCAGAGACCACCUAUGAGGUCAAGAUGUCUGCCAUCAAUGGUAAAGGCGAAGGCGAGAGCAGCCCAACCAGCACUUUCAAGACUCAGCCAGUCCGGGAACCCAGUGCCCCCAGACUAGAAGUCAACGUCCAAAACAGGGGCAAUAUUUUUAAGGUCAACUGGAUCAAGCAGGACGAUGGCGGUUCCCCCAUUAAACAUUACCUGAUCAGAUACAAGGCUAAACACGUAUCUGACUGGAAACCAGAGAUCCGCCUUCCCCAUGGCAGUGAGUAUGUGGUGCUAAGCGGCCUGGACUGGAAUACAGAGUAUGAGGUUCACGUAGUGGCAGAGAAUCAGCGGGGCAAGUCGGAGCCUGGCAUCCUCUCCUUCAGAACAGCUACAGAGCCCACUACCAUCCCAGAUGCCAUGGACAGUGGCUCAGGCCUGGGCACCGGAGCCAUCGUAGGCAUCCUCAUUGUUGUCUUUUUCCUGCUGUUGGUGGGCGUGGACGUCACCUGCUACUUCCUCAACAAGUGUGGACUCCUUAUGUGCAUUGCUGUUAACUUCUGUGGGAAGGCUGGGCCAGGUGCUAAGAGCAAGGACAUAGAGGAGGGCAAGGCAGCAUUCACGAAAGAUGAGUCUAAGGAGCCCAUUGUUGAGGUGAGAACGGAGGAAGGACACACCCCAAACCAAGAAGGAGGGGCUCCCACUGAGCCCAACGAGACCACCCCUUUGACAGAACCUGAGCCCGCUGCUGCAGACACCACCUCCACGGUGGUAAACUUUCUCCCCUCCACUGCCACUAACUCAGUUGCUGAGAGCUUUAGCACGGCGCAGAGCAGUCCUGCUAGUGAGAGCACCACGCUAACCACCAGCGCUUCAAGCCCAACCAAAGCUGCCCCUGCCAAGUCCUCCCCCAAAAACUGCCCUGCUGCCCAGUCCAGUUCGCUUAAAGCUAACACCCAACCUGAUGUUGGGCCCCUGGUCGACCUGAGCGACACCCCUAAAGUUACCCCCUCAUCCAACCCAACGCCCCUUGUCUCAGAGCCCGUCAGCCCACCCUCUGCUAAUGCCGACGGGCUACAGAGCCAGCGUGACCCAGUCAAAGCCCCUGACAGCACCCAGAAUAAGGACUUACAAGUAGACGGCCCGACCAAGGAAGUGCCCAAUACCCUGUGCACAGACUCAACCACACCAGCCCAAAAUGAUGGUAAGACUGUGAAGGAUGAUAACACUAAAGGCGAGACGGAGGUGAAGAACGCCACAGCCGAGGUGAAGACAAUUCCCAACGAGGCUCCUCAGACGAAUGGCAACGAAAGUAAAGCGUAAUCUCCUUGCCCAAGAGCAGCGGGAAGAUGAGUGUGGUUGGGGUAGGGAGGGUUGUUGGGUGUGGGUUUUUCAAGGUGGGGGGUUGUGGGGGGUCACAGUCACUGAAACCUCAAAGCAAUGUCACACAGCACCCCAUUGCAUCAGAGAAAAAACAACAAAUGCAACAGAAAAGCUAAAAAAAAAAAAAAAAGAGAAAUGAUAGGUCUCUUUCUACAGUGUCUUCUGACCAGGAAAAUGUAAAGACCUCAUGCACAUGCCUUAGUCCACAGAAAAAAGCAAAAUGCAUACUUGUAUUUCACCCUCUCUCUUGUAUGUAAUAUUAAAUCAACUGUUAAAUAUGGAACAGAAUCUAAACUAUUUUACUCUAGAUAACCAUGGUUGGACUGUAGCUUUACUUCACAGAUUACUGCCCUCAUUAUAUACACACAUAAGACUGGUAGAGUACAUUACCAAUACUACUUUAUGCAGUAUGGUCACCAUUGUGGUAAUGGAUUAUGGGUCUUUUUUCCUUUGUCGAUAUUUUGUUGUGUUUAAAUAAUGUCCAGACGUUACUGCCUAUUUAGCUUUUUUUAAUGUGUUAUUUCCAGGGCUAGAGAUAGAUCAUUAGCAUGCCUGUUUUUUGCAAAGUUACUGUAUUUCUGUACAUGUGUGCUGUCAUUUGGUUCCUCCUUUUUAGAUGUUUUUUUUCUUUCUUGAAUGGUGUCUUCAUAUGGUUCAGGUCCGGAAAUAAUUUAGCCCAAGCUAUGAGAAAUGUAAGAAGACACCGGGGAAAUAUUUUUCAUGCUAUUAAAGUGAAGGUUCAGGGGUUUCAACCAUGUCUCCCUUAAAAUUAUGUUUAUGCAGUACGUACAUGUAUAUUGGUAAAUGGUUUUGCCUAUACAUUAUGAUAAAAACAGAACUGUUGUAAUGAUAAUGUGAACUGUUUUUUGUUUUUUCAGUCAACAAAGUGCUACAUUUUUGUUCCAUACGGAAUUAGUAGGCAGGUGAUUGGGAUGAAUGGAGGGCGCACAAAGUCCCCCGUGCAGUAUGUUUAAGGCAACUACAAUAAGUUGUAAUGAACUGGAAUUAAAAGAUUGUGGUUUUGGUUAAAUAUUGAAAGUAAACCCAUCCACUCUCACACCACCAUUGACUUUUUAAUAUUUUAUCAAGAUGAUGAUUUUCCCUAACCCUUAAACAAGUGCUUUGUGUUGUAUAAACAUAACCAUAAAAAUGUCUGUCAUGCUUUAGUUGCCACAGGUGAAUGUUGUCAGGGGAAAAAAACAUUGUGAUUUUUUUGCAUUCAUUAUGAACAUUUUGUUACUUUGCAGAUACGUUCAUUAAAAACCUUUACUCAUUAUGAUGAUAAUAAUCAUAAUCUGGAUGACAUUAAGUUUCUUUCAAAACGUAUUUGCUGUAGCUGUAUAUAAACAGAAUUUUUGGGAGAUGGCUGGGUUGGGUUUAGGGUAAGGAAAUGGUCACAUAGAAGAUUAUAGCUGUGUUCCUUUUCAGGGGCCACAUCCCUCAAAAUCCAAUUUGAUUUCAAGACUGAAUACAUCUUAACAGCUUAACUGAGGUGUCCCACUCCAAAGGAUAAUUUUGCCUGAAUUUGAUGCUUCUACUUGGGUGUCCUUUGUAUACUUAUCUGUUCUAAAACACCAAUCAAUUGUUCAUACUGCUUUCAGUCCUCAUUAACUCGUUAAGUCAGAAAAUGAUCUUUACCAAAUAAACCUGGUGUAUUCACAUGAUCACUGGUAAAGAUACUGUAUAAGCUGGACCAAUGAAAAAGGAUUCUACAUGGAAACCAGGCUGAACGUCCACUGUUACUUCUUGGAAGUAGACAUGUAGUGAAAGUAUAUUAAGUUAUAUGGAUAGAAUUAUCAUUAAUGGUACACUGUUGACACCAGUUAUCCAUUGUGUCUUGAAACACAAUGGUAGAACUUUGCCUGAACUAUGUACUAUCUGGGGCUGUUGAGGGCAUAUUCUUACUGGUCAUUUUUUUACCUUACGAGUUGAUGAGGACAUGACAUUAGUUUUGGUCUCUGUGAAGCUGGGAAUGGGAACUAGAAAUUAUGCUAUGGUGAAUUCUCUGUAAACCGUCUCAUCUCUGGAGCCCGCUAGCUUUCGUUUCAGUCCCUCGUAAAACAUGUUCUUCGAAGGACGUGGCACCUGUAAUGAGACACAGCUUAUGUGUGUGUUGUUAAUAUUGUCAUUUGAUUUUCUUUAUCGUUGUCGCUUUCUCUCUCAUAUGCAUACACCUCGCCUUUUCCAGAGGUCUCCUUUGAGCAUUUCGGACCAAUUCUUUACCUGACAGAUUGGGCUUAACAGUGACACAAAAGGCCAAACGUGUUCUGUGAAAACAGUUUCCAUCAGCAGGUUUGGACUGAGAAGUAGACGUUUCUGUUGAAUGAAAACAAGCCCUUGGAUGCUUAUUGGCCAAACUUGUUGAAUUCUUGACACACCAGUUUCCACUUUCUAACAUUGGUCUCGAAUAUCACGUUCUGUUUCCUUGGGGUUAACCAUCCCUAGCUUCUUCUUUGGUUCAUAACCAUUGUUGCCUUCUCUGUGUUAAACACUCUUCUUCACUGCUUAUAACUGAUUGGUCUGAGGGUUCAGCUUGCUGAUAUUUCUACACCUCUGAGUGACCAAACAUUUGAUUCCCUCAGCCAUCAUCUUCUUUCACCACACCUGUUGUCAGUGUGAGUUUGUGUCACCUCUGCUUCCACCAUCUUGCUGUUAAGGUUUUAAUUAGUUAUAGUGAUGUAACAUGUAUUGUAGGUUUAGUACAGUUGAUCACUUUAUUCAAAGUUCACUUCUUAGCACAAGGUCGAAAUGGAAAUUUUCUGGACAAUGUCUGGAAAGUAUGAAAUUAACCCCAGUUGGCCUAGGAAUUUUGUCUUUAUCUGUUAUGCCUGGUCAGAUAUUGGAGGCUCUCUAAAAACAGGAAAUUCAGAUUUGUUUAGUUAAAUAAAUAAUACAAAGCCACAAAGAGAACUCAUAUUGUAAAGUGCCGUGUUAAACAGUUGCUUGGUCGAGUUUGACAAAAGAGGACUACACAGAUUUCCUUGGGCAGUUUGGCCCAUAGGUCAGUUUACCCAGUAUCUGAGAGGACUGAUUACAUGAUCAUUAUCUGUGUCUCCAAUAAUUAUAUCUGUUCAUUGUGUAUGUUUAUACCCACAGACAGCUAGCAGUAUACUAAAUAAGUAACUGAAUACAGCAUGUUAGGCAGCUUAGAUCUGGAGUGUAUUUAAUUUCCGGUAAAUAAUUUUAAUGCUGAAACAACACUCAAUACAGCUACAACCAUGAAAGCAGGAAACUGCAUUUAGUUUUGCCUGUGGCAGUGAUUAGCAUCCUUGCUAUGUUUGGUAGGGCUAGUCUAAUCUAAGAACAUUAGCUAAUUUUCAUACAGACAUCACCAGUCUAGACCAUCAAGGAGUUUUAACGGCAUUGUUAAAAAGGCAAUAUAAUGAACAUUUAGUGAAAAAUAUUUCUCUUUAUGAUUGCUAUUCCAAGUCAGCUUUAGAUGGCUAACUAGCAAAAACAGCCAUAACACACCAUAAGCAGUAAGCAGUUUAUUUCUUUCAGUAGAGGAAGCUAGUGCUGGUCCUGCUCUGAUCAGUUCAAUCAUUUUUGAGCACAUGCUGAUGUUGCCUACCAACAACUGUGAUCUCAAUAUCACUUUCACCAGCACCAAACUAUCUCCGUCCAGCCAUGACCAGUUAUAGACCAGCUCAGACCAACCUGCUCAAAGCACCUUUACCUUUUUGUACUCUUAGUUUGUAAUGGACAUUAAUUAGUGAUGAAGAUCAAGAUUUUGAAUAAUGUCACUUUGUUAUUGUUAUUUAGCAUACUACAUGCUAACAUUUUAGCAUGCACACUGGACAGAAAUACCCAGAUGGAGGUGAUCCUCAUCACAUAUUUGUUAAGAUAACCAAUGAGUUUACUACCAAAUGCAGACUGGCCCCUUCAAAAUAAGUAAAAAGUCCAAGCAGUCACAGGUCCUAAAGAUUCCCAUUGAAAACUGUGCUGAGUAGCAUAGUCUUACUUUGAAAUCUGGCUUAAAUUGAGAGACUAUUACUAUCUGUAAAUGAAUGUACACACUCAUCCCAUUAAGCAUAGCAUUUCAGUGGUCCUUUUAUGCAACAAAACUGACUAGAGAAGAAAUGUGGCCUCUUUUAAGUAACCAGAAAGGAAAUUGAUCUGUGGUGUUUAAAGUCCUCCUUUUAUGCAUAGAAAAUAAAUGAAAGGAUUUCAGAAUGUUCUCAACCCAUAGUACCCUGCUCUGGAUUUGGAAGGUUUCGCCAUCUUUUUUUGUACAGUGUUCCUCCUACUUUAGACUGCAAGCUAGUACACUGUGAAUGUGUGAAUCCAUUGUGUCCUUUUGUCAUAGAAUUGAGCAAAUAGUUUGAUUGUGAAAAGAUGUAGCUGAUGUACCAAUGUACAGAAGUAUGACAGCAGCAAACUGGAAAGACACAGUGCCUUUGAAUAAGAAAAUGGUGGCAUGCAUUCCAUUCCUCUCAGUGUCUGUCCAUUAAAAGUUUCACAUCUCCA